GCCUGCGGCAGCCAGCCUUGGUGGGCGCAUUGUGCGUGAGCAUCACCAACAGGAUCGAGGAGUUGCCGCUCGCAGCCUUGCCCCAACUCCUCAGCGACCUUGCAGGCUGCAGUGUGGGGCCGCUGACCGCUUUAGAGGCCUUGACCACAGCCCUGUCGCAGUCCCUCCACACCUAUGACAGCAGCGCGGUGGGUGAGGUGGCCGAGGCCUUGUCAACUCUGCGCUUCAGAUCGGAAAGGUGUCUGGCAGCCAUCUUCGAUGUAACAUCCGACCUCGGAAAGUUUCAG